AUGACGGGGCAGGUUCGCGCUCAACAUGCCUUCCGCCGCUUACGCUGGCGGCCUGUAACCUAUGGUAGCACCGCCGUCGCCAGCCUCGUCGGCUACAACUUUAUGAUGAGCGACGAGGGUGACGCCGUCUCUGGCACGCCCAUCCUCGACCCGGCCAUCAUGGAUACCGCCCUGGCUGCCAUUGCCACGGCCCGCGCCGUAUAUCGCCCCAAAGUCAUGCAACAAACCGACGUCGAAUGGUUUCUUCCCGUCCUCAGCCAGCGCAACGUGACCCGCUUCCGGGUCCUCCACUUCCACCCGGCGCCGGGCAACUCUUUUCGCAACGAAAAUGGCCUGGCCUGCCAUCAUUGCGGCUCCACCUUUAUGAUUGCCUCCCUUACUUCUGGCUCCUCGACCCUCCGUGAGCGCAUUGCCCUCGUCUCCUCCUCCAAGCUCAGCCGCUAUCAUUGCUCGGCCUGCUACCACUCGGUCUGCGGCGCCUGCUCCGGGAUGAACGAAAAGCUCCGCGUCUGCUCUGCUUGUCAAAAGCUGCGUCCCGCCGCUCGUUCAGAGAUUCAAUAUGGUGUCAUGCGACUGCAUGAACAACGCGCCAUUGUGGUCUCGUUUCGUGGCACCAAAACGCGAGCCGACAUUGCCAUUGAUGCCAAAACCAAACCCAAGGAUCUUCUGGCUUUGGCGCACAGCUGGGGCUUCACGGUGCCUUCAGCUGCCAGCGACACGCCCACCGAGCCGGCCAAUCAACCCAUAUUUUCACGCGCACCACUCAGCCCCUACCCCGUUUUUUCUGGCUCCGUCAUGAACCCCACCCCCACCAACUCUGCAAGUGCCGUGCCCCCCCGACCGCCGCCACCCCACACCAACCCGCACAACCCCGUCCGCCCCUCGCUACUUGUCCAUGGCGGCGUAGUGGACCAGAUUGCUCUCUGCUACGACAGCAUCAAACGCCACAUCCUUGAGGAGCUAGGCAAGGUGGAGAAUCGACGCCUGCGCCUGGUGCUGUGUGGCCAUUCGCUCGGUGGCGGCUACGCCUCGGCCUUUGUUCUUCUAGCCCUUAUGGACCCUGAGUUGCGGCCCGUCAUGCUCAAGCACGACUUUCAAGUCCUGACUUUUGGUAGCCCGCGCAUUCUCUUCCGUGAUCACUCGCUCGAGCAGGGACUGGAUGCCAUUGCUUCUGCGCAAGGUUCCUCUCGAGCCGGCACCUCGGAUCAGACUUACUCGGGUGCCGCUCACCCCUUUUUCGAGCGCCACUUCACCUCCUGGGUCAACGAGGAGGACAUUGUACCACGAUUGCUCGGCAAUAGCGUCCGAGGCCUGGGCGUGGCCCAGAGCGUGCUGAAGCAGGUCGCCAACAGCCUCAUGUCCCUGCAAGUGCAUGCCGACGAGCUUGAGGAUAAUCUCGAGCAUUUUGAGCACGUUGGCCGCGUCGUAGCCCUGUCUGGGACCGGUGAUUGUCGAGACAUUGAUGCUGCGCUGACGGAUGACUUCUUCUCCAUGCGAGGCCUGGUGUACAAGUCGGCGAUUGCAGCCCACAUGACGGCCGAGUACGAACGUCGCAUUGCCACUGCCUUUGGCCGCUUGACCGGCAUGCCUCUCUUGGCGGCCGAGGCCGAGCCUGGCCCAGCAGCAGCCGAGCAGGUCGCACAUGGCCCCGAGCACCGCCUGCUCAUGGUUGAACGUGACGUGGCCGAGAGUGUGGGAGCCACCUCUUCCCUGGCCCUGUCGCGCACGUCAACUGAUCGCCUGGACGACCUGGCACUGGACGAGUCCACCAACGGUUCUGUGGCUGAGGAGAUGGUGCAAGCUCGUGGCUUUGUCGUGAUGGAGGGACUCACGUAG